AUGGAAGGACACACGACGAUGAAUAGCUGGACAACUUCGAACUAUGCGAGCAACGAGCAGCCGAUGAAUUCCCAGUAUCCAGGCUGGUCAAGCAACCAGCCGUCGCCAAAUCGUCGCGAACAUGCGAUUCAACCUCCACUGUUGACAACGGCCCUUGGAGGCUCGCAGUUUCACCAUGUUAACACGCCUCUUUCCACCACAUCGCUAUCGAGCCCCUUUACGCAAAGUCAUUCUCCCUAUGUUGCUUCGCCAGCCAACGGAAGAUCGGCAUCGUCUUCGUCUUCAAUGGCGUCCAGACAGCCAGCUGGCUAUAGUGUCCCUUACAAUCCGCAAGACUGGGGACCCAUGGGCGCCCCUGGUCAGGCUCCAUAUCACCAGUCUAGCAACACUCCUCGAGUUGCACCGCAGCAGAGGACCUAUGCAGUUAUUGUAGACGAGACUUUGUCACCUCCCCCACCCCCGUAUUCUCCCCCAAGCAGUCAAAAUCGUGUUUCGCCAGAAACAUAUGGAUCUCCAAAUCCGAAUAUCGCAGUAUCUUCUAGCGUGACCCCACCCCAAAAUCCAGUCAGAGAAAAUGACUUUGAUGUGUCGACCGAUUAUCAACGACGCUCUGUACAUCGCCCCCGGCCACUCUCUAUGGUAUACCCAAGUGAGGCAGGACCUUCUCGACAGUCACUACCUCCUCCUCCACCGCCACAAGGCCAUCCAGGGUCCAGAUCGGUUUCGCAAAGUCGUGUUGAUGGAUACCAGGGGAUGGGCUAUAACUCUGUCGCACAGCAGCCUCGGCCCAGAAUAUCAUCAUCAAACUAUGAACAGCCCCUGCCAUCACCUGCCAUGAGAGGAAAUGCACUAGGAUCGUCAUAUGGUCAACUCGAGGCCCCACAAAGACCGCCUGCUUCUCGCAGAGCAGCAUCUGCUGGUGCUGUGGUCAGCAGUGCUGGGUCCUCAGGCGCAGCAAGUCAAUCGAGGAACCGGUCACCUUCAAACAGUGGCUGGGAGCCAGGGAUGCCUCUGCCGCCACCUCCUCCGGGCCCUCCGCCAACCACGGCAUCGGUCAGUGUGAGUGGAUCGUCGGAAUCAUCUUCUGCCAGAACAGUCCAUGUGCCCAGCAGAACCAGAGCUCGACCCCCGGUGCUAGGGACUGGUCUUGGGAGUAUACCUCCUACACCGGCUGAUUGGGUAGAUGAGGAGUAUAUGAACCACCGCCCAACCCAGGAGUCUGAAUUUCUCUAUGUUGAUACAGCCAAGGCAAGGGCAAUGCCAAAUCCAGUGGAUGACCCUAACUCCAAUGACGUGACUCAGCAGUCCCAAAGGACUCCUGGGAGUGGAGGAAGUGGUCUUUUCCGCAGCUCAGCAAUUCGAGAUCCCAGUGCCAAAGGUAUCCGUGAAAGAAGAAUCGAACGCCGCAACCGACGAAGUCAAUGCAUCGAAGACAUGAGCGCAAUUUCUACCAGUGGAAACCCUUGGGCAGAUGCCUUGGAGCAAAUCAAGCCCUCGAAUCUUGUUCUCCCAGACCAUGAAAAGGCGAGCCCUGACCCAGUACACCAGCCCACGUCGUCACGGUUUACGCCUCAAAGCAGUCGCAGUAUUGGUUCAGAUGGACGUACUGGGUCUCGAUCUCGAGCAUCUUCUGGAGGUCUUUUCACAGACCAGUCAUCAUCGUAUACAACGCCCAUCAAGCUUGAUUCAAGCCCCGUUGGACCGUCAGCCGCUUUCGCGCACACUCCACCAUUCUCACCAAAAGGGGGAUCGACCUCAUCAUAUUCCCAGGAGGUCUCGCAGACAGUCCCUCCCAAGGCACUCCCGACACCGCCUCUAAAUUCUGGCAAAGACCUUCAACCACGCCCUCGUGCCUCAUCCAGAGGGCCAGAAGACAGACCCAUCUCUCACAUCUUGCACAUGCCCAACGAUGUCAUCUCGGGAAUCAAACCUUUGUCACCGCGUCGGAUUCCAGGCCAACAAGUGAUACAACCGCCAUCCCUGGAAUCGAUAAUCAAGCAAGAUACCGAGUUUCUUCAGGAUGCCAUGCAACGGCACAGGAAAUUCAUCGAACAAGAAGCCGCCGCAGUCGACGAAAAUGAGGCUCUGAAGCUCUUCACCGAGUUCAUCAUCCAAGAAUCGCAGAUUCGCCGUGUGCGCUACGCCGCUGUCUGGGAGUCAAACCCAGCAGUAGUUGAAGAUGUUGUUAACAAGCUAUUCACCAUGCCAAUGCCCCAGAAAGCAAAACCUGUGAAGCCAACGCUCGAGAUACCCCAAAACCGAACAAGCCGACCUGAUUCUGCGUGGUGGAAUAACUACCAGCCCUGCCUGUCACCAAUCGCCAGUCUCAGCAUGAGCAAUGACGAAAUGAGUUCUCGAGGGCGCGCACCGAGUCGCUGGUGGGAAUCGAAAACCGGAUCCAGCGGUGAUGGAGCCGGGAGAAGAGUUCAGCGGUCGAAACGAGAGUCCAAAUACAUGGGAUUGCCGCGGGAUGGCACGCAAUGGGAUUCGGAAAAGACGCCGUCAAAGCUCGAUGACGCCGGUGCACAUUACACUGGCGAAUAUGCCGCUUAUGGACCAGACGAGUACCCAGCAGAGAAGGUGGGCUGGCAUGAAGAAGGAUCUUCUUACUCGGUAAAUGGGAAUGGCAACCCAUUUGGACAGCCACGAGCGAGCCAGAAACUAGACAUUUCGCGACUGAUCACUCUGCCCCCGCCUUACCCGCGUCAUUAUCCCGCCGUCAACAACAGCCACCCGGAUCUUGUGUCCUACAGAACUGUAGUUCGUUCGAUCACCGAUCUUUCCGAGAUCAAAUCUACCCGGCAGCGAUACCAGGAAGAUAUGGAGACGAUGUUGCAGGAACACUCGAGUCAAGUCAAGGAGGGUCGUCAGCAGUUCAAAGCGAAUAUCCAAAGCCAGAUCCAAGAAGGUAGCCUCACCUUUGCGGAAGCUGCGGAGGCCGAAGCCGCCAUGCUGGUUGAGGAGAACAGGCUCGAACGGGGAUUGGUCAAGCGUCAACUCGAUACCUAUCAAGAGACAGUGCUGAACCCGAUGCUUGCGAUUCUUAACGACCGGAUCGAUAGAGCGACAGCUUGUAUCGAUGAGUUGAGCAGCAAGCUCUUCGACGAUGCGCAGCAUGAGACUCCAGACCAAACCCAGGAGGAAGGCGAUGAGAAACCUGAGCUCCUGGAGAAGCUCACACAGCUUAAAUGGCUGUUCGAAGCGAGGGAGCAACUUCAUCGAGAAUCGUUCGAUCUGGUCAGCGACCGCGAUGAGAAGUAUAAGGCCGUGGCCUUGCUGCCAUAUCAGCAAGGGAAAAACGAAGAGAAGCUCCGGGAAACACAGGCGUUCUUCUCCAAGGACACUCUGGACCGACGUGUACAAUAUGAGACCUCGGCUCUUACUCGGCUUGAAUCAUUCUUGGACGUGAUCGAACAGAACGUUGUUCGCGGCGUGGAGGUUCAGCUAUCCGCAUUCUGGGAUAUUGCUCCAUCACUGCUGGAGAUGGUGCAGCAAGUUCCCGAAGACUUGUACGGCUUCCAGGUUCAAAUUCCUUCGAAUGAAUACGAAGAGAAUCCGAGCUACCGCACCCACCCGCUACAGUAUCUCUAUUCCUUGCUGUCACAUGCAGAGAAGUCGAGCUACCAGUAUAUCGAGUCACAGACCAACCUCUUGUGUCUUCUACACGAAGUUCGAUCAGCCUUGAUGCGAGCUAAUCGGAAUCUCGCCGAGGCAGAAAGAAUAUGGCACGGAGAGCCGGAAGAGAAUGUGCGACGGGGGACGCAGCAGACCCGAGCAGAUGAGGAGCUUGCCCUCACGACCGACUUGAAGGAUAAAGUUGCUACCGUUGAGGGUCAAUGGACAGAAGCAUUGGGUAGUCAAAUUCAAGGAUUGCGAGAGCGAGUCAAAGACCAGCUUUUGGCCGAAGACGGAUGGGAAGAUUUGGAGCGAUUGGAGCAGGAAUAG